GUUGCGUAGAGCCACAGCAAGAUUCGUUCAGGCGACAACUUUACGCUGUCGAAGGUGCGUCAGUCGGUGUAAACAUGAAUACCGAUGAGAUGACUCUACGUAUUGCCAACUCGCGUCCAUGACUGGCGCCUCUCUCCUAUCAUGAAUUUCACACAGAGUCAGGUGGUCAGAUGUCACGAAACAGCCCUGGAAUCUUUCCCUGAAAUGUCAUAGGAUUGUGACACAAACUUUGACGGCCAACUCAUCUUUUUCCAGGACAGAUCAUGAUAACCUUUCGAACGAACAAAGAUCUCAUUUUGCGCCUCGCAAGAGCCAGGAAGACGCGUGCUUUUGAAUCUUUGUCCAUUCAAUUUCAAGACAACAAUCACCGGUGGCGCCGAACGAACCCUGUUGCAUGUAAGAUUGACCAACUACUCACUACGCGAUACUUUCGGAUCCCAAUGGUUGCCACCAGCUCGUCAUGGCGCCAACUUCAACAGUCUCAACAACAUCGACAGCGUCACCGUCACCGGCAUCUCUUCUGUGGGCUCAUCAGCUCAAGCGCGAACACACUUACCUCGCCGAGCGAUUCCGUCAACUUGAAGCGAAGCACCAAAAGCUCGAUGAAUCUCUCCAACACAGCGAGCAAGUACAGGUUGAACAAGGUAGCAAACUCGAAAAAAAGCUCGGCGAGGUCAUCAAUGCCAACGAGACAGCGUUGCAAGCACAUGAUGCCGCGCGGAAGAAGGAUUUCGCCCUGGUGAACGAGCUCAGAGACGAGAUUCAGCUGUUGAAAGCAGUGGUCGAGGCUCAUGGACGGAUACAGACGGAGGCAGAUGUCCAAAGACAACAAGUCAUCGAAUGUCAGGUCGCAAUCCUAAAGCGCAUCGCAGUCGUGGAGAAAGAUGCCACAGGACAUGCAGAUGCGGUGACAAAAACUUCGGAAAAAGUGCAGUUGGUCUCGGAGAGGGAAACAGCCUUGCAGAUACAACUAGAUCAAGUGAGGAUUGUCGCCAGGCAGAGCAAGGAUGAAGCUAGGGAAGAAACGCAGCGAGUGGCGCGGGAUCUUGACCACGCGCUGCGGGCAAUCCAAAUCUUGAAGGAACGGAAUGAACAGCUCAGCGAGAAUGUUGCAAAGCUCCUGGCGCAGAAAGAGUCGCCUGUUGGCGUUCUACCUGCCGGACAAUCGACGAUCCAAGAGCAGGGAGCGAGUGAUUCGAUCUCGCCAGAGUUAUUGCGCGAGGAUGACGCGUUGGUCGAGCAGCAAAAUCUGCCGACGAUGCCCACAAAGGUACAGGAAUUCCCUGCUUCCCAAGACGACACAAUCGACAAGGAUUGUUCACAAUCAGAUGCAGUCGAACCGGCCGUCGGCAAGUCAAGGCCGUCAACGAAGAGACCUGCGCCGAAGGCAUCCCAGAAAGCGUCAAGAGUCGUCACAAAGCGAGCAGCCACGCGGCCCGCGAACCAGGCAUCGAAAAGGAGAGGAAAGCGACUUCUGGGCGUCGAUGCAGCCGCGUCCGUAGCCCAGGCACCAUCUGCUCAGCCAAUGGAAGGAGCUGGGGUGACUACCUCAAAUGUAAUAUUGUCCGACAUGCAGAUAACAGCCAACAAGCGAGACAAAGAAGCGCUUGAACUCGAAUCGAAUAGACCGUCUGAAAUCGAGAAGAUGAAUACCAAGAAACGCAAAGGAGUAAAACCACCGCCAAGCUCACAAAUGCAGAACAAAAAGCCCAAGCAGGCAAACAACAGUAAUAUAGAUCCUGAGCCGGAUGUCAAAACGAGAGGAACCAAGCGAAAAGCUUUGGAUACGUCAACUGAACGCAAUUCAGAUCCCUUGAAGGCCACAACAACUAAUGAACCGCACCCCAACUCGCGAUCUUCGGACAACCCGGGUUGGGAUCCGUCCCACGCGAUUAUCGCAUACGACAAUCUGGCACAAGACGAAGACACAGUGACACACAAAACAAAACGACCGCCAUUCAAUCCAACAAUACGUAGAAGCGCCCGAGCUCAACAGAGGCAGACUCAACGUACAAAAUCUGCACCUCAGAAGAAAGCCAAGCCCACAACUACCGCGAAGCAGCCCGCCAACAAACCAACAUCCGUCCGCGAUCCUGCAACAGGCAAAUUCAUCAAGCAGAGUGCAGUCAAGAGGCUCGUUCGAGUCUCCUCAGAGGGCAGUCCAAGUUUGAUCGAGGACCCCGAGCGAGCGGUCGAUCCCAGCCCAUUGAGAAGCCACCGCCGAGCCAAGCUAUCCUCGACGACGCAGAAACCCACAAAACAGCCAGCCAAGAAGGAGACUCGGGAUCCGCGCUCAGCAAAUCUCAAAGGUCGUCGUCCCCUGACCGGCUUCCAAGCCGGCCUGAUCCUCUCCUCACCAAAACUCACCAAAAUUAGUCGCACACGUCCCACAAAAGCGAUGGUAUCCAAAGAAGAUUCUGUGCCGGAGUCCCAGAUAUCCUCCUCGCCACCAGUAAGACAGAACUCUGAAGAAGCAUCGACAGUGUUUGAAGGCUCCGUUAUCGAUGGAGUUCUUGCAAAUUCCCCACCGAAAUUGCUGGAGCCGCCGAAGCGUCCUCCUCCAGUACAGCGACCGGCGAAAAGGAGGAAGAUUACUUCGCCGGAUGACGGUGACGUUGAGGAGCUGAUGCGGCUCAGGAGGGAGUUGAUGGGGAUUUAAGUCA